AUACCUAACCGAGUCUACAUCUUCCGUAUUCUACAGCUUCGCAAUGAUCGUCCUUUCGACAUCACGCAACAUUUACUUUGCCUCUUUGUAAAGGUCCGGGUGCGCGGCCUUGAUGAAAUCAGCAGCCUUCUCACCGACCAUGUACACAACGUUCUGGAUACGGCAAUCGGGGAUAAGAGGGAAGACUGAGGCGUCAGCAACACGGAGGUUCUUGACGCCGUGGACCGAGAGCUCGGGGCUGACGACACCGUGGUCGAUGUCCUUGCUGAUACGAGCAGUUCCGCAGGGAUGGAAACCGGUCUGCGACCUUUCCAGGAUCUGUCGGAUCAUGCCCUCGUCUGAAUUUCGGGGCAUCGGCCAGGGGUAGUCGCCCUCAACAAUGUCCUUCAUGCCCUCGCCGUUUAUGAGAAUAUCGUCAACAAAGCGGACACCUUCCCGAAGGGCGAUGAGGUCAAGGUCGUGCGAGAAGAAGUUGAGGUUGAUGUAAGGCUGCUCGAAGGGGUCGGUCGAGUGGGCGGAGUGGGGAAGUGCCAUUGGAAGGCAUCGGCGAACAUCGGCUGUCACGUUGGGGUCAGCUUUCGUUCCGCGAAUCGCUGUGUAUACGCAAAGGCAGGCUUACGACAAAGUCGAUCUCAAAGUGCGGCUGGCCGUCGGGACCGAAAGGGUCCUUGCCACCGUUCUGCGCCUUAUAAUCGCGAUACUGCUUGUGGUUCUCCAGACGAUUGUCAAUACGAGGGAAGGCGACGAGCUCCAGUAGACCCGAACUGAGGGGUCCAUUGUGAUUCUUCCUGUAGGACGAAAUGGCACCAUCGUGCUCCGCACCCGCGCGAAGGAGGUGAUUAUCGAGGCCAAAACCGUCCUUAAUCUUGAAGACAUGGGACAGGAUAGGGUGGUCCUGAAGGUUCUGGCCGACAUGCUUUGAGUCAACAACGCAUUGGAUGCUGAGAGCCUCGAGGUCGGACUUGAUACCGAUACCGGACAGCAUGAGGAUCUUGGCGGAUUCGUAAACACCCUGAGCAACGAUAACCUCACGGUUGGCGUAGAAAUCGUACUCGCGGUCGUCGGGCCCAAUAACGGUGACACCGACGGCAGUCUUGCCCUCAAAAAUAAUCUUCUUGGAGAUGGUCGAAGAGGCCAAGGUGAUGUUGGGCUUGCCCUCAAGGAACGCAGCCGCAGUAGAUCGGACACCCUUGUAGAUCGAGUUGACACACUUGAAGAGACCCUUCUGGACACCAUUGUAGACGUCCACGGUCAACUCAUGACCCUUGCUCACCCACGCUCUUUCGAGGGCAUCACGCCAAGGCUUCAGCUCGGGGACCAAAUCAGAGUGAGAAAUGUCGACGGGACCACCCUUGUUGCCGAUGCUUUUAAUGUCGUCAGGGAAGAGACCAAGGUCGUCGUGGUAAGUGGUCGACUUGUUGAAGUAUUCCUUGGUGUUUUCCCAGUUCCAAGUGGAACCACCAAACUCCUCCCAGUCGUUGAAGGUUGCGGCCGAACCUCGAACCCAGGUAUAAUAGUUGAGCGCAGUACUGCCGCCCAACACCUUUCCACGGGUGUUAGGCUUCUCGAUACGAGUAUAGUCUGACCCAUGGCCUUCGCCGGGGUGGUGAUGUCGGUGAUCUCGGAAGGGUUGCUGGUUACUAAGUACAGACACGUUUGGGUUCUCGGCAAGACGGCCGGCAACGGUACAACCACCGGCACCACCUCCAAGAACGAUGAAAUCAAAGUUUUUGGGAGCAUCUUUGGGAUGAGUAGCAGCGUGAACCAUAUUGCUGAUGAAUAAUAGUGUAUAAGUGCAAAGACUGUGGGGGGAAUGGGAAAUCCAUCGACCUGGCAUCCCAGCUUUAAUACGACCAUCUUCUAGUUCACUUGACGUCAGCAGGCAGAACUUGGGACGAAAAGCGUUCUAAAAACGUCCUUGCAUACUCUAUCUCGACCUUCGCAAUCUUCGCUCGGAUGCGCCAUGCCCAUUGGGCUAACGGAGCAACAGAUAACCCAGAAAUGUGCACCGCUCGUGUCGAAAAUAACUCGCGAAGGGACAACCCACGCGUCUCGUGCAAGAUUACGAUAUCUCUCGCUCGAAACUUGGAAGCCCGGGCGGCGUACGUCCGUUCAUGUAAAAGAAGAUCCUGUGAUAUUCCCUCGAGCCAAUGCAGAUCCAUCGACCGGCCAUCCCAGUUGUAAUACACCCAUCUCCUAGUUCACUUGACAUUACGGGGUGGAACUUGGGAAGAGAAGCGUUCCCACAAACGUUCUUACAUACUCUCGCUGAAACGCAGCAUGUCCGUGCUGUAAGGGGUCUGGAGCGGUUCAACUCAGUUUUGUGGCGGAAACACCCUCGUCUUAUUUCUCGCUCAUUGACGAAAAAAAGGUCUUGUGAUAUUCCUUCGGCCAAUGCAGAUCCACCGGCAAGGCAUCCCAGUUCUAAUACGGUCAUCUCCUAGCUCUCUUGACAUCACGAAGUGCAGCUUGGGACAAGAAGCGAUCUACAAACGAUUUUCCAUACUCUCGCUCGAUCUUCCCUUAAAUGCAGCAUAUCCACCGGGCUAGGAGAGCAAAGAUAUAGCCCAGAAAUCUGCACUGCUCGUGUCGAAAAUAACUCGCGUGGGGACGACUCUCGCGUCUCGUGCGAGAUUGCGAUAUCUCUCGCUCGAAAGUUGGUAAGCCCGGGCGAUAAGAGGUCUGGAGCGGGUUCAAUUCAGUUUUGUGGCUGAGCACACGCUCGCCUUAGCGUACGUCCGUUCACGUAAAAAAAGGUCCUGUGAUAUUUCUUCGAGCCAAUAUGAUGCGAUAAGGGGUGUGGAGCGGUUCAAUGCAAUUUUGCAGCUGAUAAUCACUCUCGUCUUAACAACGCAAGCCCAUUGACGUCAAGGAAGGGCCUAAGAUAUUUCUUCGAGCCAAUGAUAAUGCCCCUUUAUCAAGACAGCGGUGCGAGAUGGGAUGGAAACGGUCUAUAUUAAACCUGGGUACAUAUUCUCCUUUCAGAACUUUAUUGAAUCACACAUUUGGCGAUUUGACGAAAUCAGCAAUCAAUCAUGACUGAGAAAACACCGACGUACACCCUGUCCGAAGGAUGCCCUAUCGCGGAUGCUACGACCGCCCAGCGUCUGGGCAGUUGCCCCGUUAAGGGCCUGAUGUUGAUGCAGGACACCCAGCUCAUCGAGACUCUGGCCCACUUCAGUAGGGAGCGCAUUCCCGAGCGUACCGUGCAUGCUUCUGCCGUUGGUGCAUGGGGCGAAUUUGAAGUAACUCACGACAAUUCCGACAUCACUUCGGCUGCUUUCCUCAAUGGGAUUGGCAAAAAGUCCAAGGUUCUUAUGCGUAUCUCCACUGUGGGACCGGAGGCUGGCACAGCCGAGACUGUUCGGGAUGUGAGGGGCUGGUCGAUGAAGAUCUUCACUGAAGAGGGCAACCAAGACUUUGUCUUCAACAGCAUUCCGGUGUUCUUCAUCCGAGACCCAAUCAAAUUCCCCUCUGUUAACCGAUCUCACAAGCGUCAUCCCGCAAAGCAUACCGCCGACUCUUCUAUGUUCUGGGACUUUCACAACAACAACCCCGAGGGAACUCAUGCCAUCAUGAUGUAUUUUAGCAAUCGAGGGCUGCCGUAUUCACUAAGGCAAAUCAACUCCUACAGUGGUCACACUUACAAGCUCACCAAAUCGGACGGCUCUUUUGUUUAUGUCAAACUCCACUUCAAAUCCAAUCAAGGUGUCAAGGGCAUGACGCAGGCCGAAGGCGUACGCACUGCCGGCGAAGCACCCGAUUUCCACACGACCGAUAUGUGGGAUGCUAUCGAGCGGGGCGACUACCCUACUUGGACGUUGUAUGCUCAAGUCAUGAAGCCCGAAGAGGCUGAAAACUACCGCUGGAAUAUCUUCGAUAUGACCAAGGUUUGGCCCCACAAAGACUUCCCCCUCAGACCACUUGGUAAAUUGACCCUAAACCGUAACCCCGAAAACUACUUCUCAGACAUUGAGCAGGCUGCCUUUUCGCCAUCGACAAUGGUGCCGGGCGUUGCGCCCUCCGGAGAUCCAAUGCUGCAAGCUAGGAUGUUUGCCUACCCCGAUGCCGCUCGAUACCGCCUCGGUGUCAACUACCAGCAACUUCCGUGCAAUCGGCCCGUCAGUGAGGUUUAUGCGCCCUACCAGCGUGACGGUGCGAUGCGCUACAUGACCAAUUACGGAGGUGAUCCCAAUUAUGUGCGAUCUUCUCUCAAGGAAGUCAACUUCAAGGGUCAAUUGGGCGCAAAAGGCCAUUCCACUGGGGGCAACGAGAAACACAAUGAAUGGGUCGGUCGAGUUGCGGCGUACACAUCCGAGGUAACGGAUGAGGAUUACGUCCAAGCUCGCAUGUUCUGGGAGGUUCUUGGCAAAGCUGGCGACCAAGAGGACUUGAUCACCAAUGUCUCGUGUCAUCUAAGCAAGGCUAUCCCGUCGGUGCAGAAAGGAGCUGUCGAAAUCUUCGCCAAGGUGAAUGUUGAUUUGGCCAAGUCCAUCGAAGACCGUUUGGCUGAGCUCAACAAAGGAAAGUAAAGGGAAAAACAUUUGACAAGGUAAAAGCCAUGUGAGAAGCCUGACAAUGAUACAUAUUUGAAAUGAAUAUUGCGAUGUCACCGUUAUGAAGCAAUCAGUGCG